CACAGUUUGUCUUGAUGAGAGUUUCGUGUUUCACACGGAAGUAUUUUGGAGUGGGAACCUCAUGUGCAGUAGAACACAUGAUAACAGUUUGGCGCGCUUCUUAUAGAACAGUAAGUUUAUGUAUGUGUACAAUAUGCAAUUUCAAAUGUUUACGGUCUGUUAUGUCCUGAAUUAACGGUUAAAUGUGGAGGAGCAGGUUUCUCAGGGGCACAGGCUGUCUCUUGCAGGGGGCGGGCUGUAUUCCUUGUAAACCCUUGAGAUAUCUAUCAUUUUGCCAGCCCUGCCUCCAUCCAGUCCUGCAGCGUUCUUGUAGGGCACCAACUUGCUAUAGUUCUGAAAACUGUUUAAGACCUACUUUUGCAUUUUAUUCCUUCAGAAAAUUUAGAAAAGAUGCCAAGUCAAUCAUUGAUUUCCCUGCCCAGCACCUCACAGUGACUGAUAUCAAGCAGUAUCUCCGUUCCAAAGAUAUCCCUUUCUAUGAUGGCUACAGCUGCUUACAUGCUCCUAGUAUUUUUAUGGAACCAGCACCUGAAGGGUCUGGAAAAGAGAAUUACUCACUGUUCAUCAAUAAAACCACGGGACAGUUCCUGUGUAAGGAGACUUUAGUGGAGGGGAGCUGGGAGGACCUCCAGGAUUGCAUUGAGGUGAUGUUGAAUGAAGGUCAGACCUCCAUCGGCCCUAAUGUGCUGCUGGGGUUUCCUGAGAGCUUGGAGGAGCAAGAAGAAAGAGAGAUGGAGAUGAAGGAGGUGCAAAGAAUAUGGAGCAGCUCCAUGCCAUUUUCCGACCUCCUGGAUGAGGAAGUGCAGCUCAUUAAAACCAUGUUUCAGAUUGGUAAACUCACCAACGCCACUCUGAAGAGAUUUGGUGUGAGGUUCUUCAAGCCCACCAAGAGUUUGGUGUUCCCCUGGUUUAGUGGACGUGACCCGUGUCUCCGGGGUGUUAAAUUGCUUUCUGCUGCCAUGAAAGGUGACGGACGUGUGGUCUACACCGAAGCGACGAUUCCAAAAAUCUCCAACUACCACAACCUCUUCGGCCUGCCUUUGAUUGGAAGAAAGGACAGUGAGGUUGUGCUCACGGGACGUGAGGUAGACAGCAUGGCGGUGAGUCAGGCUACUGGUCUUCCAUCUUUGGCCUUGCCACGGGGUGUAAGCUGUCUGCCUCCGAUCCUCCUGCCUUAUCUGGAGCAAUUCAAGAAAGUCACACUGUGGCUGGGAGGAGAUAUGCGCUCCUGGGAAGCCUCAAAAAUAUUCUCCAGGAAGCUUGGACUGAAACGCUCUUCUCUUAUCCGGCCAGGGGACUUUCAGCCGUGCCCCAGUGAGGCACUGGCCCAGGGCAGGAACUUGGCACGAAUUGUCAAGGCUUCAAUCCCUGCUGCCCACAAGUCCAUUGUGUCCUUCAAGCAGCUCAGGGAGGAUGUGUAUGGGGAACUGGUUAAUGUGGAGCAGGUGGCUGGGAUACAUUGGUCUCGAUUCCCUGAGCUUAAUCGUAUACUUAAAGGUCAUCGCAAAGGGGAACUUACAGUUUUUACAGGUCCAACAGGCAGUGGAAAGACCACCUUCAUUAGCGAGUUUGCCCUAGAUCUGUGCAUACAGGGUGUCAACACAUUAUGGGGCAGCUUUGAAAUCAACAAUGUGCGCCUGGCCAAAAUUAUGCUGACCCAGUUUGCCAAGCAAAGACUCGAGGAGAACCUGGAUCAAUAUGACAUGUGGGCUGACAAGUUUGAGGACCUGCCUCUCUACUUUAUGACCUUCCAUGGACAGCAGAACAUCAAGAAUGUUUUGGAUACCAUGCAGCAUGCCGUUUAUCUGUAUGACAUCAGUCAUGUGAUCAUUGAUAACCUGCAGUUUAUGAUGGGCCAGGAGAACCUGUCUGUGGAUAAGUUUGCAGUGCAAGACCACAUCAUUGGAGCCUUCAGGAAGUUUGCCACAAACAGCUGCUGUCAUGUGACUUUAAUUAUCCACCCCCGGAAAGAAGAGGAUGAUAAAGAACUGCAGACAGCAUCCAUCUUUGGCACAGCCAAGGCCAGUCAGGAGGCAGAUAACGUGCUCAUCCUUCAGGAGAAGAAAUUGGUGACGUGUCCAGGCCGUAGGUCCCUUCAGGUGGCCAAGAACCGCUUCGAUGGGGACGUGGGGAUCUUUCCUUUAGAAUUUAAUAAAGCCUCGCUUACCUUCUCUGCGCCUGUGAAGGGAAAACAGAAGCUUCGUAUGGUUAAAGUGGACAAGAAUAACAGCACAGAGGAAAUAGAGGAGACUGAACUCAAAGAAAAAAGUGAGAAAGCUCUCAAGCCUGCCAAAGCAAAGACCGCAAAGACAGUUAAGAGGUCAGCAACAUUAAAAGAUACUACAGAUGGAGAAGGAAAUAAUCAGUAGUUCAAGGAAUUCAUUAUUUGUACCUGAAUACAUGAAAAUGUAAUGCUGCAGUUUUACUACUAAAUAAAUUAAUUAAUGUUCAUGUUAAGCGUUUUCUUCUUGCAAGGGAGCUGAAUGCAAUGUUUUGUAUAUCCACUUAUGUUUUUUAUUCACUAAAAAUAUGUACAAGUAUUUGAUGAUUUAAAGAAGGCUUAAAUAUAGGGCAUUUAAAGAGAUGCCAUACAUUUCAUCAAUGCAAAUACAUUUAAUAGAUUGUGUCCAAAAAUUACAUGUGAUCUGUUUCCGUUAGCGUUAGGGAUUGUCAUUAUUACUGUUGGAGAAACGUGUCAAAAAAGCUAUUUAAAGGAGGCUGUGAAAACUUUUAAUAAAAUGUUUUGUAGGAUUUGUA